AUGGAUACGACAGAAAAAAGUUCAAGACUUGACACUGAAAUAAUCAUUACUAAAAGUAUUUCGCCUUCUGAUAGUUUUAUUGUUUCUAAAAUUGAUGCAAUUUGUAGUAGUGCUAAAUGUAAUUUAAAUUUGAAAAAAAAUAAAAUUGACGAAAGUCGUAUGCCUUUGUCACAACGUGGAAAGCAAUGGACGCUUAAAAGGGCAAUUGGUGAAGGAACUAAUUUUAAAACAUAUCUUGCAACAAACAAUGACGGAGAAAUAUUUGCGAUUCGAAAAAAUCGUAAGCAAGAUUGGAGUACCGAUGCUUAUGAAGAUGAUGAAAAAGCUCAGGAAGAGAUUGCUAAUACUAUAAAGUUACAAGUAGAGCUGGAUUUGGAGAUGAUGAAACUUAUUGGUGUACAUUCAAAUAUUACCGCAUUAAUUGGUUUUCGUCAAAUAGGAUUAUGUUGGGAGCAAUUUAUGGAAUAUAUUGAUGGUGGAUGUCUUUUUGAUUAUAUAAAUGAAAAUUACAUCAAAGAAAAUCGACUAUUGGAAAUUGAAAAAGCGCAAUCAUUCUUUAGCGAUCUAUUAAGCGCAGUGGAACAUAUUCAUAGCUUGAAAAUUGCACAUAUGGAUAUCAAACUUGAAAAUUGUCUUAUUACAAAAAAUGGAAUUGUAAAAUUAACAGAUUUUGAUGAAGCACGAUAUUUCAUACCUAAUCUUAAACUACCUUAUCCAGUAUAUUUUACUAUAUCGUAUGCUGCACCUGAAACAUUUACGAAACGAUACCGGCCAAAUUGCGCCGAUAUUUGGGCAUGUGGUAUCUUUUUGUAUUUUUUGCUACAAAAACGUCUUCCAUGGAACGUUGCAAAUAGUGAAAAAGAUGCUAUUUACGCAAAAUGGUUAAGGAUGGAUGAGAAAAAUUUGCUGUUAACAUUUCCGGAAUGCUACGGAUGUGUUUCAGGUGAAUUAACGGAUAUAGCUUGA